CCCGUAUUUAGUCGAAGAAGAGGAAUUUUUCAGUUGACUGCUACACACAGUGGAUUCCUAGUGGGUGCGCCAUGCCGGGGAAAGCAGGUGGACUCGGCGGGUUUGCUCAUAUAACGGACUGUCUUUGCAUUGGCAACAGCAAAGCAGCAAAGGACACCUCAGUCAUAUCCUCUCUCAAUAUUACAUGCAUUAUUACCGCCACUCAGGACCCAAACAACACCAGCCUUCCCACAAUUGAUUAUAUCCAUGUGCCUGUCUCUGAUGACCCUGAAUCCAGACUCAUUGACUAUUUUGAUGCGGUUGCAGAUAAAAUACACCACGUUAAUGAACAGCACGGACGCGUCCUGGUGCACUGCAACGCUGGCGUGAGUCGCUCAGCCACACUCUGCUUGGCAUACCUGAUGAAACACUGUGAUAUGACACUAGUGGAGGCGUACGAGUUGGUCAAAUCUCAGAGACCGAUAGUGAGACCAAACAGCGGGUUUUGGAUGCAGCUAAUCGAGUACGAGUGUAACUUACGCGGAACAAAUACAGUUAAUAUGAUACCUUCAACUGUCGGAGACAUUCCAGAUUUGUAUGAGAAGGAAACAAGGGGGUUAAUACCACUUUAAGAAAUUAUUGAUAUGGAACUGUGAGUCUUGAUAUAUUAACUGGGGGAUUUUGUGUUGUCUGUUAUUUUAUUAAGAGUUGGAAAAUUAAAGAGGAGAGCAUUUAGAGUGAUGCUGUUGGGAUGUUAUGCAAUAAACUGCCAGAAGAUGGCAGAAAAGUCCCACAGGCCCCAAAAAAAAUUCUGACCUUGCUUAAAAUAUAUGAUUGUCAUUGCAUUAGAUAACAAAUAUGAAACCAAGAUGGCACAGGGACAUUUUUUUCAAUCAAAACAUUUCACACAGAAAUAUUUGAGGUUGUAAAUGUACUUUUCAAAAUGAAGUUAUUUUGACAUUUUCUGCAUGUUAAACAUUAGUGGAACAUGCCCACAGUCAAGGUGAUGAACUAUUAGUUCUGAUAAAGCUCUAGCAUCAUUAGUUUGUAAGUGCCACUUGGUUUAUCUAAUGCAAUGAAAUUCAUACAUUUCACAGCAUUGGGGAAGCGACUUUGAAACUGUAGAUACAAGCUUCGCAUAAGUAGUAGUUAGCUACACCACAAGUUAAACAAAAAGUAAAUAAACUACAUUUGAGCUAUUUUACAAAAAAGAAUUUUUUUUAAACGUAGAUCAACCAGAUGAUAUUUAAUUGGGUUGACAUUAAACAGAUGGGGCAUCAACAUUAAAUUCAACAUAUAAAGGUAAUUACUGUAAAUAUAAACUAAAUAUUAAAUACUAAAGAUAAACUAAUUAAAUAGAAAACACCAAUAAUAUAACUAUAGAGUCGGAGUAUAGUGAUAAAAGCAGCAAUCAAAAAUGUUUUCUGGCAAAGUCCCAUUAAGGCUGCGUGGGGCUUAAAGGUGUUGUAAGUGAUUUUGUUCAUGGAAAAAUUUGCAAAACAUAUUCCUACUCCCUUAAAGAUAUUAAUGAUAUAAGUGUCAUGAGAUAUCUCACUCUGUGACAGCUGUAGACUUUGUAAACAGCAAACAAAAGUGUGUCCACGGACAUUGACGCUUUUCACCUGUCCAUCAUUUUGCUCGUACUCCUAGUGUUGUAGUUGAAGCGGAUCAUUGAGACUAUGAUUCAUAAUGUUUGUCAAUUUGGGAUGCUAUUGUGCCACUGUUGAAUUUGACAGCCACAGGAACAAUCAAUGCUCCUCUUUGCUUGGUUUUUGUCUCAAAAUUAUAAUUGGAGGGCGGGGUUUUGGAAUAAGGGGGCGUGAUUAAUUCAACGGCUUAGUCACGUGAAAGCUUCAGAACUCUGUGAUGAGGAGGAGGGCGUGGCCAGACCAUGAUGGUGCACGCCGGUGCUGAAUCAGGUGAUCAGUGGGAGAGCGAGAUUAGGGGUAGCCGGAGGCACCGGUUCGAGAGAGAGAGAGAGAGACACGCACGUGGCCGCGUGUGUCCUUAUGUUUUAUGUUGGUUUUAGUUUAUGUUGUCCAUUAAACUUUAUGUUGACUCUUCAGCUUGUUACCGCCUCCAAAAAAAAAAAUAAUAAAAUUAACUGGAGUUCCCAGUGCUAAAUAUAUGGAGGGCCAAAUUACUUGAAAUUAAAUAUUUAAAUUAAUUAGGACUUAAUAAAAGAGUUUAAGACUUUACAGCAUGAAAAGCGCUAUACAAAUCUAAAUGACUUGAUAACAUGCAUAAUGAAAUCGGCAAUAAAAAAAGAAACGUAAAAAAAUGUAAAUAAUCAUUAAAUUAUUUAAUCGAUCAAUAUGCCCCUUUCAUUUUUAUUUUAGCAUUAAGCUUUGUGUCUUUUCAUUUUCUUGUUUACGGCUAUCGGCACGUCACUCAACAACGAUGAGUGUUUGAAAGCAGGACGUCCUGCUUGUGGUCUGUGUAAUAUUGUAAUAUUGCAUUGCAUUGAACAUUAGGUUACAUUGCAUUGAAAGUGUUCCUUGCAUAUUAAGCAUAGUGCUGUGCCAUUCUGGAGUGUGUGUCAAGGUCCAUGCCUUAGGUCAACAUUUAAUUUGGGAAAAAAUUGUAAUAUGCUCGUAACACAUUCAUUUGUGCCUGUUCAUCUUAAAUCAACAAAGUCCCUUUGUAUUAGCUCUUUAGAAACUGUAAAGUCUGAGCUGCUAAUUGUGCUCUACUUUCUUCAGGGCCCUUUUUAAGGUGAACUACCUUGGUUUUACACAAGACAAAUAAAUGUUCUUGGAUUCAAAUUCAAAAAAGUGCAUUUUCAUUGUACUUGUGUCUUAAUUGGGUAGGUUAGCCAAAACUCACCCGACUUUCUUCUGUGCAUGGAACACAAUAGGAGAUUUUAAGCAGAAUAACAGUCGCAGUCACGAUUCGCUUUCAUAGCAUCUUUUUUUUUUUACAUACAGUGAAAAUGAAUGGUGACUGAGGAUGUCACACUGUCUAACAUCUCCUUUUGUGUAACUUCAUGUUUUACAUGUGAUCAAUAAGCUGUUUAUUUCAGUGUAGAAUGUAAAAGAAAUACCUUAUUUAUGUCUUAAGCCACCUUGAACUUUUCUGGUGUGGGUUUUGUGAAAUAAUAAGCUAUAAAAAGAAAGGGUUUUUUUAGACAUUGGAAUGUCGUACUUCAGCAUUUUCAUACAAGUGGAAAUUCUCAUGCUCGUUCAGUGAGUAUUUGAGAUGUCACAAUAGGGUUGUUAAAUUGAAGGGCUUGCAUUGCUUCCUUAUUUCGUAUUUUAUUCUAGUCACAUACUCUGUACAUUGUUCAAAUAUUCCAUGUCUGGCUUGAAAGUGGCUGAAAGUUUGACCUGUUGGUAUAUGAGAGAUUUGCCUGUUCAUGAAUCGAAUGCUUGCUGCCUUAACACAGUUACAUUUGUAAUGUCUUCCUGGGGUAAAGAUACACAAACACCUUAUAUUUCAAAUAUUAUUUAACCUAGUAUUUGGU